UUCACUUUUUUAACUGAGAUGGGCAUGAUAUAAUCUCCACUGACUCAAAGAAUGGCAUCUUGUGCUGUGCCUGCCACCGAAGAUGACCAGGCUUCCUUGGGCAUCGAUGAUCUCCAGAUUUCAUUGCAAGCUGAGCAAGAACAUAUUCAGAAGAAGACCUUCACCUGCUGGAUAAAUUCACAGUUGGCAAAGCGCACUCCCUGUACAUUUGUAUCAGACCUAUUCACAGACAUUAAAAAGGGACAUGUCCUUCUGGACCUGUUAGAAGUCCUUUCAGGACAACAACUGCCUCGUGAUGUAGGAUCUAAUACAUUCCAGCAUAGAAUCAACAUAGAACACGCUCUGACAUUCCUGAAAAAACGAUCUAUCAAGCUAAUAAAUAUUCAUGUUACUGAUAUUAUAGAUGGAAACCCAUCCAUUAUUCUUGGCCUAAUUUGGACAAUUAUUCUGCACUUUCAUAUUGAGAAGCUUGCCAGAACGCUUUCUUGCAAUUACAAUCAACCCUCCAUGGAUAGUGUGAGUGAAGUUGACUCAUCUCCUACCUCAAGUCCUCCAGCGAAGAAAUGUUCCAAAGUCCAAGCAAGAUGGCAGAUGUCUGCAAAGAAGGCUCUUCUCUUGUGGGCUCAGGAACGGUGUGCUGCACAUGAGUCUGUCAGUGUCACAGAUUUUAAGUCGAGCUGGAGAAACGGGAUGGCUUUUUUAGCCGUCAUUCACGCCUUGCGACCAGACUUAAUUGAUUUAAACAGUAUGAAGCAUAAAUCCAACAGAGACAAUUUGAAAGAGGCCUUCAGAAUCGCAGAACAAGAAUUACAGAUCCCCAAAUUGCUGGAACCAGAAGAUGUAGAUGUUACUAAUCCUGAUGAAAAAUCAAUCAUGACCUAUGUGGCACAGUUUCUGAAGUAUUCAAAAGAUGCACCUGGUACUGGAGAGGACACUCAGGGAAAGGUGAAAAAUGCGGCAGUUUGGUUAACUUCACAAGAGGAAAAGUUACAGAAGGCUCUAAAGGAUUCAGAAAAUGAGUCCUACGUUAAAAAGUAUGAGAACCUGCUGUCCUUUUUGGAAUCAUUUAAUGAAGAACAAAAGCCCUUUUUUGACAACUUGUCAUUAAAAAAGAACGUGGAUGAGUUAAAUGAAGAUCAGCACCAGUUGAGAAGAGCUUGGGAUGACUUCAACCACCAGAUUAAUGCAUGGAAAACAACGCUGAAUCGUGCCUUGCCCUCACCCCUCCAUCAGAUUGAAGCUUGGCUGCAGGAGGUAGAGAAUCUCAUAGAUGAAGAUUUGCCAUCCUCCCAAGAUUACUCUGAAGCCAGAAGUCAAACUCAAGAGAAAAUGACUUUAUUCAUGAAUCUGAUGAAGAAAUGUGACUAUCAUUCGAAUACUCUCCUGGCAUUCGAAAAUAAAGAUGAAAAGAAUUUACCAUUGGUACCACCUUACAAACUGGAGGAAAUGAAGAGACGAAUGAACCGCAUCUUGAGGAAAAAAUGCGUCCCACAUUUAGAAAUUCAUAACUCUGUAUGCCCAGUUCUUGGUUUACUAGAUGAAAUGAAAUCAAAAUUGGAUGUUUGGAACAUCAAAUAUGGGAGUAAAGAAUCUGUAGAAUUACUGCUGGAAGACUGGCAUAAAUUUAUUGAAGAAAAAGAGUUCCUAGUUCAACUUGAAACUUCUUUUAAAAAAUGUGAAGAAAUGAAUCCGAAUUUGGGCAGAGAGUGUCCGAAUAUUAGUAAGCAAUCUGUGAUGGUGGAUUAUAAGACUUGUGGGUAUAGAGAAUGUAUAUAUAAUGUGAAGUCCACUUUACAGAAAGUUCUGGCGUCUUGGGCUACUUAUAUGGAACACCUUCGCCUACUUAAGGCUUGUUUUGAGGAGGCAAAAAAGGAACAAAUUAAAGAGAUUCCCUUUGAGACACUAUCCCAGUGGAAUCUGGAACACACUACCUUCAAUGAAGUAGGGAAUUUCUUAAUUGAAGUCAGUAAUGAUGAAGUUGGAUCAUCUAUUUCUAAAGAACUGAGAAGACUGAAUAAAAGGUGGAAAAAGUUUAUUACAAAAACUCAGCUUGACAUGAAACUGCCGCUUAUAAAAAAACAGCUUCAGCCCAGUACGGACAGUUCUGGAAAUACUGAGCAAUCUAAAGAAGAAAAAUUAGCUAUUGAUUUUUCAACAGACAUGUCAAUAAAACUUCCUGAAAAUCACAAUACAAAUGUAAAGGCUGGAGAAGAACAUGAAACAGAAAAUGCAGAGUUCACAGAGCAACUAAAACUGGUUGAAGAGGUUGACAAACUCUCCAGCCAGGUGGGAGUCUGGGAGGCAGAAGCCAAGUCUACUUUGGGUCUUCUUCUUGGUCAAGAUGACGUGGACACACCGACAGAAGAAUCUUUGCAGCAUCUUAUUGCCAAAGGGUCUAUGUAUGAAGAGCUUGUGGCUAGAACUGAAGACACUUUACAAAUGGAUAUACAAAAUAUUUCAAGUCAGGAGUCUCUUCAGCAGGUUCUCACAGCUGGGCUUCAGACAAAGAUUCAAGAAGCUAAAGAGAAAAUCCAGAUCAAUAUGAUAAAUCUAGCGGCAGUGCUGAAGAAUUCAACUGAUGUUUCACCUGAAUUGGAUGUCAGACUGAAGGUGGAAGAAUCACAGAAGGAACUGGAAUCAUACAUUACUAGAGCUGAGCAGUUACUUGGGCAAAAAGAGAGCAAUGGUGGACUCAUUUCAAAAUAUAAGGAGGCACUGAUCAUUUUUAAUUCUAAAAGUCUUGCCAAGUAUUUGAAUGCCGUGGAAGACCUGAAAAAUAAUGUAACUGAGGAUGUAAAAUUGUCUUUGGAAGAAAGGAGUAGAGAUAUCGGUGUAAAAUGGGAGUCUCUCCAUCAUGAAUUGUCUUCAUAUAUUCAACAACUAAAAAUAGACAUUGAAAAAGGAAAACUUAAUGAGACUAUUUCAAAACUUGAAAAACAAAUAAAUAAAGAAAAGAAACGAAUUCGCCGAGGAAGGACCAAGGGUCUCGUAAAGGAACAUGAGGCUUGCUUUUCUGAGGGCAGUCUGUACCAGCUUGAUCAUCACAUGGAAGUCCUGGGGGAGCUGUGCGAAGAACUAACUUCACAGAAGAGUCGACAAGAAAUAAAGAGAGUACUUAAGGAUUAUCAACAAAAGAUAGAGAGACUUAGGAAAUCCGCUUCUGAGAUUCAUAUGGCCCUACAACCUAUGGGAGGCACAUCUAAAACCAAGGGGACCACGAACACCUCUGAGAAUGGAGGAAGAGAUGCCUACAGUGAGGUGCCAUCUGCAAAAUCAGAUAAUCAACUAUCAGCUGAAAAGACAAUGGAACCAAUUGAGAAUUCUAACCUGGAAUCACCAGAGUUAAAGCCUCAUCAUGAAACAAGCAUCACAGAGAAGUCUGAAAAGGAUUAUAAUGCAUCUAUAAAUAGCUUACUAGAGAGAUAUGAUACCCACAGAGAAAAUCUUGAACUACACCUGCAAAACAACAAAUUCAAGAUUACUUCUGACUUCUCUAGUGACAAGGAAAUGAGUAGUGAUUGUUUACAGGAUAAACUAACAGAUCUACAGGUCUUAAAAAAGGUAACUGAUGCUUGCUGUAAAGAAUUUGAAAGCACGUCACUGAAGCUAGAAACUCUUGUGAGUGACCUGAAGAAGCCUGUUAUAGCUCAGGCAAGAGACAAACUGAAGGGAAAAGUAAGGGAGUUUCAAAGGACCCUCAAUGCCAGAGUGGAGUCUUUAGAGACAGCACUGCGGAUUGUGUUACCACUAGAGAAGGAAUCACUUCUUCUCUGCGACUCGGACUUGUUCCUCCAUGAAAUGACCAUUCAGGAAUUUCAUCUGACUGAUGCUAAUAGCAUUAAUCAAAACCUGAAGAACAUCCAAGAAUCCAUAGCGAAACAGAUUGAAAUACUUAACAACUGGGAAAAGUCGGGCAAUUUUGCAUUCAAAGAAUUACACAAAUCUGACCUACAUGCAACUCAGUAUCUUAUACUGAAAUGCAUAGAACAACUUGAAGAAAUGAGCCACAAGGUUCAGAGCAGCGAAGAGGCCCUAAGAAAUCUGGAAGAGUUUUUGGCUUCACUAAGAACAGCUGAACUUUCCAUUGAACUUAGUACAGAGCUUUCAGCUUCAGAUACACAAGUAUUGCCAGAAAAUACUUUGACAACAGAAAACACAGAGGGAAAAAUUCAUCUGAUGAAAGAUAAGGCUAGACGUUUGGAUAAACAUUUGAAGAUGCUUCAUCUAAGCUUUAAAGAUGCUGAGCAGGGGGAACACACCUCCUGUGAAAAGCUUACUGAUGUUUUGUCAACAAAGUUUGGUCUACAUGAGGAACUCUCUGAGGAAAACAAAUUGCUAGAGAUUUGCAUAUUCAAAAACAAUGAACUCCUUAAAAAUGUUCAAGAUGUGCAGAAUCAAAUUAGUAAAAUUGGUCUUAAGGAUCCAACUAUUCCAGCUAUAAAACAAAGGAAAAAAUUGCUGAUCAGAGCAGAAAAGGAGCUAGAUGAAUAUGAAGAAGAGAAGAAACACUUGCAAGAAAUGGCUAAUUCUCUUCCACAAUUCGAAGAUGUCAGAGAAAAAACUUUGAGUCAGCAGUGCCAAAGUACAGUGCUUUUGUGGGAGAAUACAAAGGCUUCAGUCACUGAAUGCCUUGAGCAGUGUGAAAGAGUUUUGGAGCUGUUAAAGCAAUACCAGAAUUUAAAAAAUAUCUUAACAACUUUGAUUCAAAAAGAAGAGAAUGUCCUCUCACUUCAGGCGUCGUACAUGGGAAAGGAGAACCUGAAGAAAAGGGUAACAGCGAUUGAAAUUGUGAAAGAAGAAUUUAAUGAGCAUCUGGAAAAUGUGGACAAGAUAAACCAGAUCUGCAAAAACCUACAAUUUCAUCUAAAUAAAAUGAGAACCUUUGAAGAACCACCUUUUGAAAAAGAGGCUAAUAUUAUUGUUGAUCGGUGGCUUGAUAUAAAUGAGAAGACAGAGGACUACUAUGAAAAUCUCGGUCGAGCUCUGGCUUUGUGGGACAAACUUUUUAGCUUAAAAAAUGUCAUUGAUGAAUGGAUUGAAAAGGUCCUUCAAAAGGUGGAAUUACCACUGACAGAAGAAGAAACAGAAAGACUGAAGGAAGAGUUGCAAGUUGAAGAACAAAAACUUCCAGAAUUUUUUAGAAGAGUGGCUGAGAUACAAUUUCUGCUUCAAACCAGUGAAGUACCUCUUGAGUUGCAGAUGAUGGAGUCUUCGAUUUUGAGCAAAAUGGACCAUGUAAAAAUGAGUUUAACAGGUGAAUCCAACCGCAGUGCUCUCAGUGGCAACACAGAUGAACUAAGAGAAGAUCUUGACCAGGCCAAAACUCAGAUUGGGAUGACUGAAUCCCUCUUAAAUGCCCUGUCUCCUUCGGACAGCUUGGAAAUUUUUACUAAACUAGAGGAAAUACAACAGCAAAUUCUACAGCAAAAGCAGAGUAUGAUAUUACUUGAGAAUCAAAUAGGCUGUUUGACUCCUGAGCUCUCUGAAUUAAAGAAGCAAUAUGAAAGUGUCAGUGAUUUAUUUAAUACCAAAAAAAGUGUUUUGCAAGAUCACUUCUCUAAUUUACUGAAUGAUCACUGCAAGAACUUCAAUGAUUGGCUUGGCAACACUAAAAUGAACCUUAAGGAGUGUUUUGAUUCAUCAGGAACCAAAAAGAGUCUGGAACAAAAGCUGCAAAAACUUUCUGAUUUCUUGACUCUGGAAGGAAGAAACAGUAAAAUACAGCAAGUAGAAACUGUCUUGAAUCAGGUGAAGAAGCAUCUACCCAAAGCAAAUGUUAAGGAUCUUAGCAGUUGGAUCACGAGUCAAGAAUUUGAAUUAGAAAAUAUGGAGUCCAUAUGCCAGGCACGAGCAAAGGAGCUUGAUGACAGCUUACAGCAGCUACUGAGGCUCCAGGAUGACCACAGAAACCUGAGUAAUUGGCUGACUAAUCAAGAAGAGAAAUGGAAAGAACUGGAAGAAUCAAAUGAGAAAAUUGAGUUUUCUUGUCAAGCAAUAGACAGAAAGAGGGAACAAUUUGCAUCUCUAGCCCAGUUGAACAACUCUUUGAAGGAAUAUGGGCUUAGUGAAGAAGAAGAGAUAAUAGCUGAAUCAACACAUUUGCUUGAUAGAUACCAAACAUUAUUGAGACAAUUAUGUGAAAGUGAGGAAGAAGAAAAAUUACAUCCUACUGAGGAUCAGAGCUUUAAUGAUCUUGCUCAUGAUGUAAUUCAUUGGAUAACAGAGAGCAAAGAAUCCCUUAUGGUUUUGAAUUCAUCUGAAGGCAAAAUGCCACUUGAAGAACGAAUCCAAAAAAUAAAGGAAAUCAUUUUACUGAAGCCUGAAGGGGACGCUAAAAUACAGACCAUCAUGAGGCAGGCUGAGAGCAGCAAAAUUCCCAUGGCCCAGAAGACUCUUACUGAUAUCAGGAAUCAGUGGGACAACACACUCCAGUUAGCCAACACGUAUCUAAGCCAUCAAGAAAAACUUCUGCUAGAAGGAGAGAAGUAUUUGCAAAGUAAGGAGGCUCUGAGGUUAAUGCUUACAGAACUAAGGAAGAAGCAAGAAGCGGGCUUUGUGCUACAAAAUGGUUUGCAGGAGAAGAAAGCUCAGUUAAAAAAUUAUAAAAAAUUCCUUCAGAAAGCUCAAGAUUUGACAUCAUUGCUAAAGGAGUUAAAAUCCCAAGGAAAUUACCUCUUGGAGUGCACUAAAAACCCCAACUUUAGUGAAGAACCUUGGAUGGAAAUAAAGCAUCUCCACGAAAGUCUCCUUCAACAACUACAGGAUUCUGUGCAGAAAUUGGAAGGUCAUGUUCAAGAACACCACUCAUACCAAGUUUGUGUCACAGACCUGAAUACCACAUUGGACAAUGUCUCCAAGGAACUUUUAACUUUCUCUGAUAAGCCUGUGGACCAAAGAGCAAUCGAGGAAAAACAGCAGAAAAUACAGGAACUACAGAAUAGACUCAGUUUACAAGACGGUACAUUAGAGGAGAUUGAAGCUUUAGCAGAAUCCAUCAAGCAAAAUACAUCUUCAGUGGGGCAGAAGACGAUUAAGGAUGAUAUAACAGCACUUAGGUGUAAACAAAAAGAUGUGGAAAACAGGCUUGAAUCUGCUAAGCUGGAGACAGAGACUUGUCUCAUUAGCCUGCUCACCUCAAAUAUGCCCAAGUCUACUCCGGACUUAACUGCCAUGGAAAAGUUGAAGGAAGACUGGGAAAUAACCAAGAAUUCAGCUGUGGAAAUGGGUUUGUCAAAACAACUUUCUCUCCAUGUUCAAGAAAGCAUGAAAAAUACUGAAGAUGUGCAGAAAGUCAAUGAGCUGCAAAAUCAACCUUUAGAAUUAGAUAUUAUGUUAAGAAAUGAACAAUUAAAACAGAUAGAGGAAUUAUAUACUGAGUUGGAAGCAAAGAAAGCAGCCAUCAAGCCACUGGAACAAAUGGAAUAUUUCAAUCAAACAGAAGCAACUGCCUUGGUUCCCCACCAUCCAGGACAUUCAGUGCCUGAGUUGGACCGUCUGCUUGAGGCACUCAUUAUCUUAAAGAAAAAUAAAGAAAGCCAAUAUUGUCUCCUUAAAGAUUUUCAGGAUCACCUUGUUGCAAAUGAAUCUUCAUUGAAAGCCUUGUUGACAGAAAAAGAAAGUCUAAAACUGGGAACACUAGACAUUGCAACCUAUCUGGAUAAAAUAAAAAUAAUCCUGGCAUCAAUAGAAAAAGGAAAAGAUUCUUUAAGCAAGGUGAAAAUCAAAUGGGGGAACAUAUCACACCAUCUGACUGACAUGGAUAAGAAGUUACUAGAAAGCCAGAUUAAGCAACUUGAGUAUGGUUGGGAACAAGUGGAACAGAUGAUUCAGAAGAAGCAUUCUCGACAAGUAGUGGAAUAUGACGAAUUUAACUUCCUUAUGAAGAUGAUCCAGGACAUUGAACUUUCUUUACAGCAACUGCAGCAAUGUCUGCAGUUAAGACUGAACUCCCCAGAACAACAGGAAGGGAACCAAAGUGUGGCUACCUGGACCACUGAACUUGAGGCUAUCAAGCAUAGAUUUUCUGCUUUAAAGGGAAGAGCUGACCUUCAGAUGAAAAGGAUCUGGGGAGAAAAAGAAAAGAAGACUUUAGAAGAUGCCAUCAAUAAUUUGCAGAAGCAACUGGAAGCAUUGGAGCCAUUAAACGUAGAGGUGGAAAAUCAGUUCAAGAAGUGUGAAGUAAGGAACAAGAUGAAAGAGAUAAUUUUAUGGGUCAAGAAUCUGUUGGCUGAACACAUUCAUUCAAUUUCCCUUCUUCCGGAUGACAUUCUUGCACAGAUCACAAAAUGCAAGAUGACUCAAGAUGGCAUUCUGGAAAAGCAGCAAGUGGUAGAGUCUUUGGGUGAAGAAAUCAAAGAUAAUAUUCCUCACCUUUCUACACAUGAAACUAAUGAUUUAAAUAACCUCCUACAGGAUUUGCAGAAUCAAUACCAAAUGCUAGUUUUAGAAUCUGUGCAAAGGUCACAGCAACUAGAAUUUAAACUGGAAGAAAGGAGAAAAUUUUUUGCAGAAAUAGAGAAGGUUCAACUUUUGCUUCAAGGAAAUGAAGUAUUGCUAAUUCCUAAGGUGGAAACCACUCCCACAGAAGUAGAGCUAGAACAUCAGCAUGCCACUUUGAAGACCUCUCAGGAAGAAUUGCAAGAAAUUGAAAGUGUCAUCUCAACAUAUCUUCAGGAACUAGAAGAUUUCUCUAAGGAUCUGAAUGUAUUUGAAAGAUUAUUUCUGGCUGAUCAGUUGAAAAAUCUUAACACUAGAAUCAAUAGAACACAAAGAUUUAUUCAGAAUAAAAGCGAUGAAGUAGAAUACAAGAUACAUUUUUACAGAGAACUUCAGGAAAAAACAUCAGGGCUUCAGAAAGAGGUUGACAGUAUACAGCACAAUGAACUACUCCUUAAUCAAGAAAUAAAUCAAGAUGUUAAAGAGGAGUUCUAUCAUCUUAAAGACCAACUUGCUGUUGUUCAGUCCAGUAUCAUGCAAGUAUUAAAACUCAAAGAAAUGUUUGAUUUUCUAAGACUCAACUGGGAUUUUUCUCAACUUGACCAACUACAAAACCAGGUAUCUGAAAAAAAAAAGGAACUGGAAGAAAGAAUUAAGCAGUUGUGCUUACUUGAAGCAGAGCAGGGCAAAUAUCAAAUGUCUCUUAGUAAAAUGCGGGCUCUGGAUUCAAAACUUAAAAAUGAGGCAGAAGCAGUUCUAAAACUUUUCAGUGCUUCACCAGAAAGCAGUCUGGUCAGGGUCCAAAUUUUGAAUCAGAAAAUUGAGAAAGCCAAGUCCUUAUAUCAUGAGACAAUAAAGAAAUUAAGUGAAAAUCAGACCUUUGAUGAAUCAUUCAAAGAGAAAGAAAUACUGCAAAUAAACCUGUUAGCAGAAGAAAAUGACAAGUUACACAAAGUUCUCCAAAACAUGGUACUAGAAUUGCAACCAAAAGAAAUAGAUGAAAAGAGUUUUCAGAAUAAGCUAGAAAGUUCCUUACAGGUUUUUAAUCAGAUCAAAUCUCAGUUACAGCAGCCUUUUCUUAGCAAUUUGAAAAUUAAACAUAUUCAAAAUGAAAAGGAUAAUUGUGAAGCAUUUCAAGAACAAAUUCAGGCUGAAGUUUUUAGCAUUGAAACUGUGACUGUCAUUGAUAAACAGAGGGAAAAAGAAAGCGCUUCAGAAGUUUGUGAUUUGGCGACAAAAUUAAAUGAUUUUGAAGAUCUUCAAGUGGAGCUUACCACAAGCCUUGUUUCGCGCACAAAUGUCUUGAAUGAUGCUUAUGAAAAUUUGACACAGUAUAAUGAAGCAGUUACCAGGGCAGUAGGGAUUGUCACUGCCCUUGAAGCCUUCAUUACGUCCCACAGAGUGGACCUUAAUAAUCCAGAAAGAUUGCUAGAGAUGCUUCAUUGCAAACAUGAGGAAUUUGAAUCUACAGUAGCAGGCAUCCAGGACCUCAGUGAGAAAUUGAGGAUGAUAGCCAGCCCCGAAGCCAAACAACAACUUCAGAUUACUUUACAAGAAUUAAUUUCUAAGGACUCAGCCAUGAGGGAGGCAGCCAAAGUGGAGAAGGCUGAAAUGGAAAGGUGUCUUGAGAAUUACAGAUGCUAUAGAAAACUUAAACUGAAAAUUUGCACUGACUUAAGCAAAAUGGGGAAAGAUCUUGGGGAGUUCAUGUCCCAGUUACCAGUGUCUUACAAAGAAGCUCUUGAGCGCUUGGAACAGAGCAAGGCUUUGGCAUCAAAUCUCCUUUCAACUAAAGAAGACUUAAUGAAACUACGGCAGGUCCUCAGACACUUAAGACCCACGUGCACAAAAAAUGAUGGCAUGGGUUUGCUCAGAACUGUGUCUACCCUGUGGGAGAAAUGGUUGCAUUUGCUGGAAGAUGCUAAGGAUUGGGAGAUGUGGUGUGAAGCACUAAAGCAGAAAUGGAAAUUUGUCAGUGAAGAAAUUGAACGAGAAGCAAUUAUUUUAGAUCAUCUCCAAGAAGAACUACCUGAACUUUCUAAAACAAAAGAGGCAGCCACCACAGAGGAACUCUCUGAGUUGCUUGCUUGUUUAUGCCAAUUUGAAGAAAAUGUGGAGAAACAGCAACUGUUACUGACCCUAUUUUCUCAGCGUAUGAAAAGCAUCCAGAACAUUCCUAAUGAUAUGGGUGCAAUGGAAACAAUUCCAGCAUUUCAAGAGAUUGUGUCCAUGCAAGAACGGUGUAUCAAACUUUUUCAGAAAGCUCAGAAAAAUAAGGAGUUGGUGCAGACUGAAAUCCAAGAGAGACAUUCCUUAAAAAAAGAAAUAAUGACUCUGAAGAAUUUGUUUCAAAAAACCAUGACUUCUUUCAAGACUGCAGAAUUACAGGAUCACCCAGAAGAGACAGAACAAUUUGAGGAGCUUCAAAGCAUUUUUAAGAAAGGGAAGCUAACUUUUGAGGGUAUUAUGGAAAAACUGCGAAUCAAGUAUUCUGAAAUGUAUACCAUAGUUCCUGCAGAGAUUGAGUCCCAGAUGGAAGAGUGCCGGAAAGCUUUACAAGACAUAGAUGAGAAGAUUAGCAAUGAAGUCUUAAAAAGCUCACCAUCACAAGCAAUGAGUAGAAAAAUAAACGAAAUUAACAAGGGACUUCAUAAUGUUGAAAAAAUGUUGCAGCAGAAAAGCAAAAACAUUGAGAAAGCUCAAGAAAUUCAAAAGAAAAUGUGGGAUGAGCUCGAUCUCUGGCAUUCUAAGUUAAAUGAGCUGGAUUCUGAAGUACAGGACAUUGUUGAACAGGACCCAGGACAAGCCCAAGAAUGGAUGGAUAAUUUGAUGAUUCCCUUCCAGCAGUAUCAGCAAGUGUCACAAAGAGCAGAAGCUAGAACCUCACAGUUAAAUAAGGCCACAAUUAAGAUGGAGGAAUAUAAUGACCUUUUGAAGAACAUUAAGGCUUGGAUAGAAAAUACCAGUCAUUUGCUGGCCAAUCCUGCUGACUAUGAUUCUUCAAAGAUGCUGAGUCAGCAUGCUAGCACCCUGCAGAUGGCUUUGGAAGAUUCAGAACAGAAGCACAAUCUUUUAUAUUCAAUUUUCUCAGAUCUAGAAGAUUUGUCAAUAAUUUUUGAAACAGAUGACUUGGCACAGUCCACACAGCUGUUAAGCAGUCAAGUAACAACUUUACAACAAAAAAUCAUGGAAAGCCUUCCGCAGAUUCAGCAAAUGGCUGACGAUGUGGUUGCUAUUGAAACUGAAGUAAAAUCAAUGGAGAAGAAAGUUUUAAAAAUCAAAACUAUCCUGUCAUCUAAAGAAAUAUUUGAUUUUUCACCUGAAGAAAAUCUUAAGCAUGGGGAGGUCAUACUUGAAAAUAUACGUCCCAUGAAGAAAACCAUUGCAGAGAUCAUGUCUUACCAAGCAGAACUGAGGUUACCUCAGAAAGGCAUGAAACCUCUGCCUGUGUUUCAGCGAACAAAUCAGCUUUUACAAGAUAUAAAACUGUUGGAAAAUGUGACUCAAGAACAGAACGAAUUAUUAAAGAUAGUCAUAAAACAGCUUAAUGAAUGUGAUGAAGAAAUAGAACAUUUGAAAGAGAUCUUAAAUAAUUAUUCAACUAAGUUCUCCCUUGAACAUAUGUCACUAGACCAAGCUGCCAAUCUGCCACAAGUACAGAGAGAAAUGAACCAUAUGGAAGAGCAAAUUCUGAGUCUAAACCAGAAAAAAGAAGACCUAUUGGUGAACUUGAAGGCUGCGGUACUAAACCUUCAUCAGCAUCUGAAGCAAGAACAAGAAGAAUUAGAAAAAGAAAUGCUGUCAGCUGCAGUACCAGAAGAGGGUGGAGUGGUCGAGAGGGAUGUUUCUGAGUGGAGGCUGAACAGAAGGGGCUCCAUGUCUCUCCUGCCCGCCGUUGUGGAAGAGGCUGAGGAAGGCUCCGUGAAGAGUGAAAAUGGAGAUAAGAAAGCAGAGCCACCUGCCAGGUCUUGGUCUUUACUCUGGGAGCAUGACAAGGACAAGGAGGAAGACAGAACAUCCUCAUCUUCUGGAACCAUCAUUCAGAAGGCAGAUGGGAGAAUAAGCACAUGUGAUGAGUCCAUGGCACAAAUUCUUGCACCAGAUACACUCAGCACUGAGCAAAACCCAGAAUUUUCCUUAAACCCCAACCAACCCAAAGAGGGUGCCACACCUCCUAUCAAGUCUGUAUCUCCAUGGUUUCCUGGUGAUCAAGGAGCUUUUGAGGCUGGGGUGGAGAGAACAAGGCCCAAGCCUGCUGAGGUCCUCCAUGUCUGCAAGACCCAGGUAGCCGAGCUGGAGCAGUGGCUGGACCAAGCCAACGUGGCAUUCGAGCCGGAAACAUUAAACCCAGGCAUGCAGCAGGUGGUGGAACAGCAGCUGGUCGGGUGCCAGACUAUGCUAACAGAGAUCGAGCACAAAGUAGCUUCUCUGUUGGAGAGCUGCAAAGACCAGGGCCUGGGGGACAGAGGAGCCACUCAACAAGAAGCUGAAGCCCUCUCCUUGAAACUAAAGACUGUGAAAUGCAAUUUGGAAAAAGUCCAGAUGAUGCUUCAGGAGAAAUACAAUGAGGAUCAGAAUUCUACCAUUGUAAAGAAACCUUCAGAACAUAAAAAAGUUCUCCAGCCAGAUAACCUCUCCGCAUUCGAAGCUAUUGUAACUGAAAGGCCACAAUUUAGUAGACAAAAAGAUUUCCAGCAGCAACAGGUCCUGGAGUUAAAACCAGUGGAGCAGAAAGAUUUAAUCAAAUUCAUAGAAUUUAAUGUAACAAAAAUGUUGCCUCAGUGUUCCCAAGAACAUAAAGAUCCAACUCAGGACUCAUCUUUGAGCAAUAAGGCAUCUAGCUCCAAAGAUGGUGCUCCAGAUGUGGUCUUGACAGCCCAGGGCCAAAGUGGAGAUAAAUGGCAAUAUUUACAACAUGAAUUAUCCUCAAAAAUACGGCUUCCUUCACCUCAGCUUGUGGAGCCUCAGGUUACCACAAAUAUGAGUAUUCUACCCAGCGUGGGCAUGUAUAACUUUAGGUACCCAACAACUGAAGAAUUGCAAACCUAUACCACUCAACUUGAAGAUUUGCGUCAAGAAGCAAAUAAUCUCCAGACACAGGAAAACAUGACAGAAGAAACAUACAUAAAUUUGGAUAAGAAAUUAUUUGAAUUACUCCUGGGUCUCAGUCAGUGCCUCAGCAGUGUGGGGGAGAUGCUACAAACCCCUACACUUUUCAGAGGGGAUACGUAUGCCCAGAAAGUGCACUAUGAGGCUCUGGCUCUUGAGUUGAAGAAACUUUAUUUAGCUCUGAAUGACAAGAAGGGUGAGCUUUUGAAAGCUGUGACUUUUCCUGGCAAGAACACCAGCUUGUUCCUUGACUGUUUUGAUAACCUCCAGAUGUGCCUGGAGCACACCCAGGCUUCUGCUACCUCUCGAAGCAAGUCCCUGAAAGCCGGCCUCGACUAUCACCACAGUUACCAGAAUGAAAUAAAGCGAUUAUAUGAUCAAUUUAACAAGGAUAAAACGUCUUUACAACAGUCUUUGAAUGAAAUUAACAACCAAAGUGUUGAUGAGCAGCUGCAGAAAGUCGAUGUGCAUACAGCGGAACUGUAUCACUCUGAGAGCCGAGUGGCAAAAUUAAGAGAUGAAGGAGAGCGCCUUUAUUUGCCAUACAGUUUACUCCAAGAAGUUUAUAAAUUAGAGGAUGUCCUUGACAGUAUGUGGGGAUUCUUAAGAGCGAGGUACUUAGAACUCAGCAACCCUUUCAUCACUGACAUUCAGCAAGAUGCUUUGUGGCAAGGCCUGGUGGAAUUGGUGAAUAUUGGAAAGGAAAAACUUGCUCAUGACAACUUACCACAACCCAAAAGUAAAGAUGCUUUACAGGCCCGGAUAGAAAAUCACAAGGUUUUCUUCCAAAAGCUUGUUGCUGACAUGUUCUUGAUCCAAACAUAUUCCACCAAGAAGUUUCCUUCAUUAUUGCAAAAGAAGGAGAAAUUCUGGGCAGACCAAGUAAAAGAAGUUCAGUUACUAGAGGAGAAGUCACACCAGUAUGGCAUGAAGCUGCAGAGUGUGUUGCAGAAAUGGGAAGACUUUGAUGAAAACUAUGCAUCUCUUGAAAAGGACCUGGAAAUUCUUAUUUCUACAUUGCCCUCUGUGAGUUUGGUGGAAGAGACAGAGGAAAGAUUAAUAGAAAGGAUUUCCUUAUACCAGCAAAUAAAAAGAAACAUUGAUGAAAAACAUGCUCGGCUAUACCAGACUCUGAAUGUAGGUAAGCAGCUAGUGACAUCUGUGAACUGUCCUGAAUUAGAAGGCCAGAUUUCAAAACUGGAAGAUCAGUGGUUGUCAGUAAACAAAAGGAUUGACAAUGAACUACAUAGACUUCAGACACUUCUCAAGCAUCUUCUCAGCUAUAACAAAGAUUCGGAUGAGUUAGCCAAGUGGUUGGAAUCUUCUCAACAAACACUGAAUUACUGGAAAGAACAGUCCCUCAAUGUGUCCCAGGACUUGGACACAAUCAGAAGCAACAUAAACAACUUUUUUGAAUUCUCAAAGGAAGUUGAUGCAAAGUCCUCUUUGAAGACAGCAGUUUUAAGUACUGGAAACCAACUUCUUCACCUGAAAGAAGCUGAUACUGCUACUCUGAGAGCCUCUUUAGCACAGUUUGAACAAAAGUGGACAAUGCUCAUAACUCAACUUCCCGAUAUUCAAGAAAAACUUCACCAGCUUCAGAUGGAGAAAUUGCCAUCUCGUAAAGCAAUCACAGAAAUGAUUAGCUGGAUGAACAAUGUAGAGCUUCAAACUGCAAAUGAAGAGACCAUGCAUUCACCAAGUUCCACAUCUCAAGUUAAAAAUCUUCUUCUCAAGUACAAGGAGUUCAGAAUGGAAAUGGACUAUAAGCAAUGGAUGGUUGACUUUGUUAACCAGUCGCUACUUCAGCUAAGCACUUGUGACGUAGAAAGUAAGCGCUAUGAGAGGACGGAAUUUGCGGAGCACCUGGGAGAGUUGAACCGCCAGUGGCACCGGUUACAUGGAUCACUAAAUAGAAAGAUACAACAUCUCGAACAACUUUUGGAAAAUAUCAUUGAGAAUGAGAACAAAAUACAGCUCUUGAACAACUGGAUGGAAGCUCAAGAAGAGAGACUCAAGAGUUUACAAAAGCCUGGAAGUGUGAUCUCAGUCCAGAGGACCCUCCUGGACUGUCAGGAUAUAGAAAAUCAACUUGCAAUUAAAUCCAAAGCCCUGGAUGAGCUGAGACAAAGUUCCCUGACUUUGGAGAGUAGCACAAUGCCAAUACUAGAGGAUACAGCAUCCACAAUUGAUGGCUUGUUUCAAAAGAGAAGCAACGUUCUCCAUCAGGUCAGUCAGCUCAAAGCCUCCAUGCAAUCAGCUCUACAGGAGUGGAAGGUUUAUGCUAAACUCUGUGAUGAAGUAGACAUGAUGACAAUCCGGUUCUGCUACCUCAUGGAGCACAGCAAGCCUGAAGCUUUGUCAUUGGAGGCCUUGACGUACCAGGUGCAGAACCUUCAGACUCUUCAAGAUGAAGCUGAGAGCAGUGAAGGAAGUUGGGAGAAACUCUGGGAUGUUAUUGGUAGACUCAAAACUUACUGCCCCUCUGUUGCUGAAAUAAUUGAAGAGAAAUGCCAAAAUACUCAGACAAGAUGGACCCAAGUAAACCAAGCCAUUGCAGACCAGUUACAGAGGGCCCAAAGUCAGCUGCAGCUCUGGACGGCAUACAGCAGUGCUCAUGCUGAAGCCACAGCUAGGUUGGAGCAGCAGGAAGCCAAGUAUCAGCAGCUCACAAGCAUCAACAUGUCUGGAAACAACCUGGCGGAAAUCCUCACACCAGCCCUGCAAGACAUAAAGGAGCUGCAGCAUGAUGUACAGGACACAAAAGAAGCCUUUCUCCAAAACACCAGUCUCCUGGAGCGACUCCCAAAAUCCUCUGCAGAGUCCAGCCCCCUUGCACUCCUCUCUGGUCAGUCUCACUCCCUUCAGAGGGCUGCUUAUUUGGAACAGAUGCUACACGUGAAAGCAAAUGAAUUUGAGUUUGUUCUUUCACAGUUUAAGGAUUUUGAGAACCGCUUGGAGUCUCUAAAGGGUCUUAUUAUGCAUGAAGAAGAGAAUUUGGAAAAGCUCUAUCAGAAAGAAAAAGAAGAAGAUCCGGAGUCGAUUCUGACUCAUGUGCUGGCGCUGACAGUCCAGUCACCUGAUAUUGAACGUUUGAAUGAAGUCAGCCUCAGGCUGCCGCUUAGUGACAUAGCUGUGAAGACAUUACAAAGUGUGAACCGGCAGUGGAUCCGGGUCACAGCAACAGCACUGGAACGCUGCAGUGAGCUUCAGGGAAUUGGAUUGAAUGAAAACUUUCUGCAUUGCUAUGAAAAAUGGGCCCAGCUUCUGGAGAAGAUAGAAGAGAAGCUGAAAGUCAACAUUGCCAACAAUCUUCCAGCUCUCCUGGAACAGCAGAAAUCAUAUGAGAUGUUAGAAGCUGAAGUUUCUAUAAACCAGACAAUUGCUGAUUCUUUUGUCACCCAGUCCUUACAACUCCUGGAUACGACAGAAAUGGAGAUGAGACCGGAGUUUGUUUCAAAAUUCACAAUGCUGAAGGACCAGUGGCAAAAUGCUGCCCAGAGGGUUCAGCAGAAGAAGGGUGAUAUCAACGGGCUGGUGAGGCAGUGGCAAUACUUCAAUGCCUCCGUGGAGGAUCUGCUCCGCUUCCUCACAGACACCAGCCACUUGCUGUCUGCAGUGAGGAGCCAGGAUUGCUAUAGUCUCUACCAAACCAGAAGUCUGAUCCCUGAGCUCAAGAAUAAAGAAAUUUCUUUUCAGAGAAGGAAAACAACCUAUUCACUCACCAUGGAAGCUGGGGAAAAGUUACUGAGCACAAGGAACCUGGAAACAAAAGAGUCAAUUGCCAAGAAAAUCAGACAGCUGCAGGACAGCUGGGAAGAUACAGAGCUUCAGGUGAAAGAAACAGUUAGAUGGUUGGAGAGCACCAUAGAGACUUGGGAGCAGUGUGAAAAGAAAAUCAAGGAGUUGAAAAGCAGGCUGCAAGUUUUAAAGGCAAAAACUCAAGAUCCUCUCCCAGAGCUUCAUGAGGAUCUCCAACAAGAAAUGGAGCUGAUUAAGGAACUAGAGAAGUCUUUGGCUAACUGGACUCAGAACUUGAAAGAACUUCCCACUAUGAAGGCUGACCUAACCCAGCGCAUUCUUAUGGAGGACGUGAUGAUUUUGAAGGAGCAAAUAGAGCAUUUGCACAGACAAUGGGAGGACCUCUGCUUAAGAGUGGCUCUCCGCAAACAGGAGAUCGAAGACAAACUCAAUUCAUGGGUUGUGUUCAAUGAAAAGAAUAAAGACUUGUGUGCAUGGCUGGUGCAGAUGGAAAACAAAGUUCUCCAGACAGCUGAUAUUAGUCUUGAAGAAAUGAUUGAAAAGUUACAGAAGGAUUGCAUGGAAGAAAUUAACCUGUUUAGUGAAAACAAGAUCCAGUUAAAGCAAAUGGGUGACCAGUUGAUCAAGGCAAGCAACAAGACAAGAGCAGCUGAGAUUGAUGACAAGUUCAACAAAAUUAAUGACCGUUGGCAACAUCUUUUUGAUGUCAUUGGAUCAAGGGUGAAGAAACUGAAGGAGACCUUUGCAUUUAUUCAGCAGUUAGACAAAAACAUGAGCAACCUUCGCACCUGGUUGGCUCGAAUUGAGUCUGAGCUCUCUAAGCCUGUUGUUUAUGAUGUCUGUGAUGAUCAAGAAAUCCAGAAGAGGCUUGCUGAACAGCAGGACCUGCAACGAGAUAUUGAACAACACAGUGCAGGGGUGGAAUCGGUGUUUAACAUCUGUGAUGUUCUCUUGCACGACUCUGAUGCCUGUGCAAAUGAGACCGAGUGUGACUCAAUACAGCAGACCACCAGGAGCCUCGACAGACGCUGGCGGAACAUCUGUGCCAUGUCAAUGGAACGGCGAAUGAAAAUUGAAGAGACGUGGCGCCUGUGGCAGAAGUUUCUAGAUGAUUAUUCCCGCUUUGAAGACUGGCUUGAGUCGGCUGAGAGGACGGCGGCCUACCCGAAUUCCUCGGAGGUGUUGUACACCAUUGCCAAAGAAGAACUGAAGAGAUGUGAGGCAUUUCAGCGGCAGAUCCAUGAGCGGCUCACUCAGCUGGAGCUCAUCAACAAGCAGUACCGUCGGCUGGCCCGGGAGAACCGCACGGACACAGCCAGCAAACUGAAGCAGAUGGUCCACGAGGGCAACCAGCGCUGGGACAACCUGCAGAAGCGGGUGGCGGCCGUACUGCGGAGACUCAGACAUUUCACCAACCAGAGGGAGGAAUUUGAGGGGACCAGGGAGAGCAUUCUGGUUUGGCUGACCGAAAUGGACCUGCAGCUGACUAACGUGGAGCACUUCUCUGAGAGCGAUGCUGACGACAAGAUGCGCCAGCUGAAUGGUUUCCAACAGGAAAUUACAUUAAAUACCAACAAGAUUGAUCAGCUCAUAGUGUUUGGAGAGCAGCUCAUUCAAAAGAGUGAGCCCCUAGACGCAGUGCUGAUUGAAGACGAGCUGGAGGAACUCCACCGAUACUGUCAGGAGGUGUUCGGCAGGGUCUCCCGAUUCCACCGGAGGCUGACCUCCCACCAUCCGGCCUUGGAAGAUGAGAAGGAAGCCUCUGAGAAUGAAACAGACAUGGAAGACUCCAGAGAGCUCCCGAGUGACUCGUGGUGUAAGAGGGCUGGUAGUGAAGAGCCCUCAUCUCUGCAGUCUCUCUGCCACCUGAUGCCCCCGGCACCGGGCCACGAACGGUCUGGCUGUGAGACCCCUGUCAGCGUGGACUCCAUCCCUCUGGAAUGGGAUCACACAGGUGAUGUGGGGGGCUCCUCCUCUCAUGAAGACGACGAGGAGGGUCCCUACUACAGUGCACUGUCAGAUGUAGAAAUCCCUGAAAAUCCUGAGGCCUAUCUUAAAAUGACCACAAAAACUUUGAAAGCGUCUUCUGGUAAAUCCAUUUCUGAUGGCCACUCAUGGCAUGUUCCUGACAGCCCUUCCUGUCUGAAGCAUCGCUACAAACCAAUGGAAGGUGACAGGAAUGUACCACCCCUCCCUUCAGAUUCUAGCACCCCUUACAAGGCAGCCUACGGAAAGCUGCUAUUACCUCCAGGCAAAGAAGGCCCGAGUGUCUUAGACAGCAGCAGCCCCCAGGGGGGAGACAAAGGGCUGGCUGGGCUAACUGGGCAGCAAGCAGGUGCCUUUGACAGAUGGGAGCUGAUCCAACCGCAAGAACUUCAUGGCAAGCUCAGAAUCAAACAAGAUUUGCAGCAGCUGAACUCUGAUAUCAGCAGCAUCACCACUUGGCUGAGAAACACUGAAGCCGAACUAGAAACAUUAAAGAUGGCAACACCCCCUUCUAAUAUCCAGGAGAUGGGGCUCAGGGUGAAGAGGCUGAUGGAUUUCUUAAAAGCCUUUGACACCUACCAGGCCUUAGUGGUCUCUGUCAAUGCAAGCAGCAAGGAAUUUCUGCAGUCGGAGAACACUGAGCCCACAGAGCUCCAAGACAGACUCCGCCAGCUGAGCCUGCACUGGGAGGCGGUGCGGGGGGCCGUGGACAGCUGGAGAGACGGCUUGCGGCAGUGGCUCAUGCAGUACCAGGACUUCCACGAUUUGAGUCAGAGUCUGCUCCUGUGGCUAGCAAGUGCUGAGAACCGGAGGCGGGAGGCUCAUGUCACCGAUCCAAAGGCAGAUCCCCAGCUUCUCCUGGAGCAACAGCAAGCACUAGUGCAACUUGAAAAGGAGCUCCUGGAACAUCAACCUCAAGUAGAAUCCUUACAGGAGAUUUCAGCCAACCUUCUCAAAGGGCAUGGAGAAGACUAUAUUGAGGCUGAAGAGAAAGUGCAUGUUAUUGGGAAGAAGUUCAAACAAUUAUUGGAAGAAGUGUCCCAGGACUUAAUGUUCUUGCAGGGAAGCCAGAACCCAGGCCCAUCUCUGCCUGAAUUUGAUGGAGAUGACUCUAGGAGCCAGCCUCCGGCAGCGUCCAGACCAGCUACCCAAGCGAAGUUGGGAUCCCAGAGAACUACAGAAGGCCAGGACAAGAUGGAGAGCAGGGUGCCCGGGCCCGGCAGCUCGCGGCCGCAGCGCUCCUUCCUGUCGCGCGUGUUCAGGGUGGCGCUGCCCCUACAGCUGCUGCUCCUGCUGCUGCUGCUCUUGGCCUGCCUCCUGCCCUCCUCCGAAGAGGACUACAGCUGCACCCAGGCCAACAACUUCGCCAGGUCCUUUUACCCCAUGCUGCGGUAUACCAACGGGCCACCUCCCACAUAG